AUGUCAGCCAAGGAGGAGGUUGGGGAGAGUCUUGCACUUGUUGUAUAUAAUGAGAGUGCAUCUAGAAUCAAUGAAACUGGGCUUCAACUUUAUCAAGUUUCUGAGUAUGACUCUGGUGAAGGUUUACCAUAUGCUCCUGUGGAUUGGCCAAAAGUUGGUGAUAAGUGGGGCUGGAGGACAGGGAAAAGAGCUACAAAUUCAGGAACCUUCAAAGAUAGAUAUUUGUAUCUUCCAGAGCGUUUUCACGCACCGAAAGACAGAAAGAAAAAUGCUUUUCGAAGUAAGACUUCAAUUAAAAAGUAUCUCCAAUCUGAGUAUCCUGGUAUGGAUAUUGACCACUUCUUCGCCUCAUUCAGUUGGAUGAUUCCUUCAAAGCAGUCUUCAAGCUCAAAAGACAUUGGUUUUGACUCAGAUACGAAAGAGAGGACUACAUCUUCAGGGACAAAAAUGCAGCCUUUACUGUCUGAUUCUCCUUUCGGAGCCAUUACUUGUAAGGCUGGUAGCCGAAUCUGUAGCAGUUUAACAGCAGAAAAUCCUUUGACGGGCACCAGAUUUUGUGAUAUCUGUUGCAGUGAGCCUGGUUUUUGUGGAGACUGCUGUUGUAUACUUUGCAGUAAGCUUAUCACUUUGGACUAUGAUGGGUACAGUUACAUCCGAUGUGAAGCUACAGUAGUUGAUGGCCACAUAUGUGGACAUGUUUCCCAUCUAGAGUGUGCUCUACGAGCUUACAUGGCUGGGACAGUCGGAGGAAGCAUCAAUUUGGAUGCAGAGUAUCUCUGUCGAUAUUGUGAUACAAGGACGGAUUUGGUUCCACAUGCUUUGAAGCUUUUAAACAUUUGCACAUCUGUUGCUUCUUAUGCUGACAUCGAAAAGAUUUUGAAUGUUGGCAUUUGUAUUUUGCGUGGCUCACAAAAAAGUAGUGCAAAAGAGUUGUUGCAUCGUAUUGAAUCAAUCAAUGCAAAGCUUAUGAAAGGAGUCAGCAUUCAAGAUGCAUUCAAAAAGGAAAGCUGUGUGGAUAGCACUGUAGCAGCUGAUGGUACCUGGUUGGAAUUGAAGAAGCGAGUAUCAUUAAUUGAUGGUCCAGGCAAAUUGGAUUCUAAGGAGAGUAGUACAAGUGGCAGUAUAUCAGGCGAUGGAGUCGGAUUGCAAACUGACGUUGGAGUUUCCUCUUUGAGGUCAACUUUUUCCCAGAUCAGUUAA